UUUCUAUUCUUCAAUCUCUCGUCUAAAAUGACGGAAGUAGCGCAAACUGUUAAGAAUAAUUGCAUCACGCUUAGUGGUUCGUCAACAAUUGUUUGCGAAUAUCUCAAUUACGGUGUAAAUUCCAUCCUCUUCCAACGUGGUAUAUAUCCGCCAGAGAGCUUCUCCACAACUCAGCAAUACGGCUUGACGAUCUUUAUGUCAAAGGAUGAGAAAAUCACGGAAUUCCUGAAGAAAGUUCUGGCUCAGGCGCAAGACUGGAUUUCUCAGAACAAAGUGGAGAAGAUCUCAAUGGUGAUCACGAAUGCGCACACGAAGGAGACGCUCGAGUGCUGGGACUUCAAGAUUGAGGGCGACACGGAGAACAGCGUGAAAGAAAAUGACAAGGAAGCCACCUCGACAAAGGACUUGAAGAGAAUUCAGAGUGAGAUCCGGGAUGUGAUGAGACAGAUCAGUGCCACAGUGUCUUUCUUGCCGCUCCUGGAUUGCGUGUGUUCCUUCGAUGUGCUGAUCUACACGCUGCGCGACACGGAGAUUCCUGACCAGUGGAACAACACCGAGGGUGUCUUCAUCCAGAAUGCCCAAGCAGUGCAGCUUAAGUCCUUCUCCACGGGUCUGCACAAGAUGACCACAGUUGUGAAUUAUAAGAUGAAUCUCUGAUUUUCCCCCGGGUUUUUCCCGAUUUUUCAUCAUCUUCGUCAAAUUUUUUCAAAUAAACACCAACUUAA